CCCCUGCUCUUCCUGCGCACGCGCGGUGCGGUUUGGGGGAGACGGUCUGAUUGCAGUGCGCAGCCGGGGCGGGUACAGGCCGCGCCGGGAGAUGUCGGCGGGGCAGGGGGGGCCGGUGCCUGAGCCUGAGCCGGAGGCCGAUGGUGAGUCGCACGUCUUUGAAAUUGUUCUCCCAGUCACCGUCUUUGUGCUGAGCGAUGAUGACUUUCUCCAAGAUGACGCGGAGGAGCCGGUGGCGUCCUUUCCAGAGCUGGAGGAUGAGUGGAAGCAUAACUUAAACAACAGCGUUUUCCUAAAAAGCGAUGUGAUGCCUUCAAGUGACAGUAACAGUUUGAGCAUUUGGGAAGAAAACAGCGCUCCAAAUGAGGAUAAUAGUUUGAAAUGCUAUGGAGAAGAAUUGGCUGCCGAGAGUGUGUGUAACAGAUCAAAAUCAACAUCUUUAAGUGAUCAAUGUGAUGCAGGCACAGAUAAAUAUAGUCAAAAUGGUGUGUUGCCUACAUCGUCUUGCAAAACAGAGCUUACGGAGAUAAACGAAACCAGCGACAGAAAAGAACGUGAUGGUGAUGAUGGCCUUCAGAAGAUGCCUCCUCCCCUCUCCUCUGCUGGCAAUGAAGGUAGAGAUGACAUUGUCAAGACAAGCAGUCAGUUGGCAUUGGCAGUGAUAUCUGAAUGUGAAGAGAAGCUCGUCAGAACUGCAAGUCUUGGUUCUGAUGGCAGUCGAGAGAAACAACCAGAAAUUCACACGGAGAUGGAGACAGUUGUUGAAAUGGAAGAUCCUGAUUCUUCAAAGAAUGGAGAUAAUGAAUCUACUAACAGAAAAAGAAGCGAAUGUGAACAUGAAACUCUGAGUUCUCGUUUGGAAUAUGGCCUGAAAGAAGAACUGAAACUUACCUAUAAUUGUUCUGCUCCAUUUCAUAAUGGAUGUUCUCCUACUUCAGAAGAAUUGCUAAAAGAUCUAGGGAAACUGGAGUCAAAUGCUUCCACUUCCGCUGAAUCAAAUACUACUGGAGAGCAUAUUUAUAAGACAUUAACACCAUUUCCUAGAAAAAGACAUCAGCAACAAAAAGUUGCUUCUUCUCUUGCAAGCCCAAAAGAAUUCCAAAGCCAGCAAGACAAUUUAGCAUGGCUAAGUAAUAAUGUGACCUUCAUACCUCUUUCUAAAGCAUCUUGUUCUAUAAAUAAGCCUGAAAGAUUGAAUUUUAAGUGCAGGUUUUGUAGUUCUUUAUAUAAAUACAGUGCGCAUCUAAAGAAACAUCUUUAUUCAGCUCAUAAAGAUAAGAAAAUACAUAAAUGCUGCUUUUGUAAAAGAACCUUCUUCUUUUUUGUCAACCUUAAGAAUCACCUUAAACUUCAUAAUAAAAUGACUAGGUUGCAAAAGGCAAGAAAAAACAGAAUAAAUGCGAGAAAAGCUAGUCAGAGAAAAUCUGAAGAAAGGAAAUUUGAGACCAAGAAAAGAGAAAGUAAAUAUGAGAAAUUUUUCAUCAAAAUUGAAAGGGACUUUACACCUCUGGGUGUGCCAGUUAGUUUUUCCUGCAAAAUUUGUUUCUUUACUUCAUCAAAUCCGAGGAUUUUUAUUCAUCACAUGAAAGGACAUAAAGCGAAACCACCUUACCAGUGUCCUCAAUGUGAAUAUUCCUGCAUUAGCUUAUCCUAUCUGUUAAAUCACAUGUACUGGCAUGCUGGAUAUAAGCUGUACCAGUGCAGGUUUUGCACCUUUUUCUCAUUAUAUUUUGCAAGCAUGGUAAGGCAUAGCUACAUACACACAGGGGCUAAACCAUAUUCCUCCGAGUUCUGCCAGUCAGCAUUCACAAGCACCACUGGGUUAGAGAGACACGGAAGAUUACAUGUGGGCAAAGAACCAUGCCAAGGGCAGCAAUGCGACUUUGUAAGUGGAAGGAAGAGAACUCGAAGACCUUUAAAGAAUUAUACAUGUGAUGAGUGUAACAUAGUGUUUUACACUAGAGGGCAUCUCAGCUUUCAUAAGAAAUUUCAUGAACAGUUUAAGGCUCCUGCUAAUGGAUAUAUGAAUCAGAGCAAUGAAUAUCAUAAAGACAAAAUAUGCAAAGUUGACAGUGUCUCCCAGGAUCAUGUUUCUCUGUCUCCUGGUAAAGAAAAUGAUUGUCUCAGUGGGGGAAUGCUGGCUCCAGAAGUAGACUUUGAGUGGGCAGGUGAUGUGCAGGACAAUAAGAAAAUGUGCUCUGGAAAGAAAAUCCCUGAAAACAGCCAUGGAAGCAGCAGCUUACCAUUUAUUGGGAAUAGAUCAGAAGUUCCUCUGAAUUCAUACAAAAUGGAUGCAGUCCUUUGCAAAGAGCAACCUCUAUUCAACUCCAAGACCUCUCAUUCACAAGUUCAAGAUGAUGAUGCAUAUCAUAAAUUUGUGGAAAAAUUAAAGGAUACGUGGCCGUCCAGUUUGUCUACAUUCAAAAUGUACAAGUGCCAACGCUGCAAUUAUGCUACUGCUGUCCAUAGUGACUUUAAGCUGCACCUAAAAAUACAUACAGAUGAAAGACUGUUUGUGUGUAAAGAAUGCAAUAAGGCAUUUCAAACAUCAAGCCAUUUGAAGAAACACAGCCUUGUUCACAUUAAGAAUGAAUACGAGUUUGGCCAUUGCCUCUAUGUAGAUAGCCGCUUAGAAGAUCUUGAAUUGCAACAUGAAAUGCAUGUAGGCAUGUGUCCAGAGAGAGAAUUUCGUUCCUCGGAAGGUUCAAACAGCAUCCAUUCCUUGCUUGGUUCGGAAUUCUGUGGAGUACAGCCAGAUGUCCAGAGAGGCAGAGAAGAUGAUUUGCUAGAACAAAGUCAGCCACAAUUCUAUCAGUGUGCAGAGUGUGAGUACACUACUUAUAUUUUAAGUAACCUUGAACUGCAUGUAAGAACUCACACAGGUGAGAAACCCUACAGCUGCAGUGUUUGUCAGAAGAAGUUUCGUACUUCCAGUCACCUGAAAAGACACAGAGUCACACAUUUUAAUAUGGAGCAUCUCAAGUGUAGGAACUGUGACUAUUCAACAAACAAAUGGCUGUCCUUGAAACAGCAUCUGGCUUCACACUCGUGUGGGGAAAGCUUAUCUACUGGCUGUCUCUAUGAACAAAAGCAGCUACCUGUCAAAACAUACACGUGUGAAGAGUGUGGCUAUUGCACAGCCCACAACGGAAACUUGAAGCUACACCUGAGAAUUCAUACGGGGGAGAAGCCCUUCAAGUGCAGUCAGUGUGCUCUUGCUUUCCGCACAUCUAGCCACCUGAAGCGCCACUUACUGACCCAUUUAAAAUUGCGCUGCAGAAGGUGUAAAUUUUCUACGGUAGAUAAACUUGCUUUCCAAAAGCAUGUAAAAACACAUGCAAAAAAGUACAAGUGUGGAACGUGUAAUGUGAUGCUGCCUACCAAAAAACUUCUGGAAAAGCAUAAGCGGCAACAUAAGCUUGGAGUAUAAGCUUGGGAAUUGCAAGUUGGCACUCGAUUCUGGAGGUGGUUACGUGUCCUGAAUUUGCUCAUUGUUUUAUAUUCCCCUGCUGUCCCCAGAAUGAUGGCUGGUAAUGGAUGCAGCUAGCGUUUUGAUCCAGAGAGUGAGACUCAGGGGUAAUGGCUUGCUCCAGGUUCUUCUGAGGGCUUCAGUUCUGGCACAGCUGGGGCUAAAGAAGAUCUUGGAGGCAUUUUUUCAUGCCCGAGUAAUUUCUUAAUACCAUGAGGUCAGUUAUGAUUUGGCCAAUAUUCAUCAGUUUAAACAGUUACUCUGUGCCACUUAUUUUCUUGUAAAAAAAGUUAAUUAAAAAAAAAUCUCAUGUCUAAAUGAAAGAAUGCUUAAAGGGAGGGAAGGAAGUGCACGUUAUAUUGUGUAGUAAUAACUCUUCAUUUAAAAAUUGUCAGUGUGUUUGGAUGCUUAAUGCUACCUCCCAUCUGCUAAAAGUUGCAUUCCGUACUCCCAGGUUCUCUUGCAAUACUUGCAAGGAAGAAAAAUAGUAUCUCACCAAAUUACAGAAAUAAGAUUGAUGUCAUCACAGGAUAAUUGUGAAAAUGUGUUCUGUAUGUGUGUGUCUAUAAAAGGUUUAUUAGGCAGUUAUCUUACUGGUACGUGGGGUAAUUCUUUGAGCAGUCUGACAGAAAUGGUAAUGUCCUUAAUCGGAUACUUUAUGAUACUGAGAAUCCUUAAGUUAAUCUUCAAUUUUAAGCAAAUGUCUAAUGUUAAUCUAGUAUGAAAUUCUUUAUCUUUUCUCAGGCUGGUAGUUACUGUGUUCUUUGUUUCUUAAAACAGACAAUAUUAUGCUUUCAAAGAACUUCUGUUAAUUUAACCACUUGCUGGUAUGUCGCAAAUACUACUUUAGUUAAAUAAAAACCUUAGCAGUAUCUUGAACUGUAAACUUUAUUUUGUUAAAGAGCUUUACUGUGUGUCUAAAAUACCAUGUAUAAGGGCCACUUGUGCCAAACGGCAGCUGUUACCUGGUAUGGUGAAGACAGAUGGAUCGUUCCUCCACUUUGUAUUCAAAUCUAGACAAAUCUUUGCUUGUUUUACAGAGAUAUACAGAAUGACUGAAACACAGAAUGGCAGGGCUUGGAAGGGACCUCUGGAGAUCAUCUUGUCCAACCCCCUACUUGAGCAGGCACACCCAGAGCAGGGGGCACAGGAACGCGUCCAGGCAGGUGCAGAAACUCAUACGUGGACAUCACUGACUGUAGUAUGUUCAGUGGUCUCGAUAACAGCGGUGUUACCCUCCUGUGUGGGGAAAGACUAACUGUCCCCUAACGUUACAGUUCAGCCCAUGAGACAGCAGAGUAAAGCUAUAGCUUAAUUUAGAGAAUGUAAACAUGAAACUAGCAUUUUUUACUGUUCUCUAAUGUAUGCUUUUCUUCAUAAAUAUAAUAUUUUGCAGAGGCUCUCUGGUAGUAUAGGAGAUGGGCUUGAAAUGGUUGCCCAGAGAGGUGGUGAAGUCUCCCUCUUUGCAGAUACUCUGGACGUGGUCCUGGCCAACCAGCUCUGCGUGGCCCUGCAUGAGCAGGGCUUUGGACCAGAUGGCCUACAGAGGUCCCGCAGCCGUUCUGUGAUUUGGAACUCAAUUUUCCAAGAGUGAUUGAAACUCAUGAAUAGAUAUAUGUAUAUGCCAGAUCAGCAAAGGUCUUUAAAGUGAUCUAGUUCUUUGUAGUCGCAGUAAAAUCAGACAAGUAAAUAUGUCUGACUGUGAACCCUGGUAGUUACAGAUGUUUUUACUACAAGCUGGGAAGUUGCCAUCUGGGAAUCAGUGAUUCAAAUCAUAGAAUAAUUGAGCUAACACCCGACACAGUUGUGAAAAAGAAGAACACACUGUUAUACAAGCAUGGAUAAAUUUUUACCUGCAUUACUGUACAAUUCUGAUCAUUUAUUUUAAGAAAAAACUCAAAAGAACCAGUACAAAGAGGAAACGAAACUGGUGAAGACAAUUGUAAGCCUAAAGAUCAGAUCAGAUUAAGAAAGCUACAUCUGAGAAUAGUUGUUUAAAAGUAUGGUGUACAAUGAUGAAGAAGGGAGCCCAAUUUAAGGGGAAAAAUUCAUUGACAGAAAUUGUAAAAGGAGUUUGUAAGAAGCAUAAGUUUUUAUUUUAGUUGUAAGUAAGAACAGAAGACAUUUUCAGAUGGAGCUUGAUGAGUUUGUAGAAAUAAUUAUUCUGGGUUGUUGCCUCUAAUAAAAAAUAAAGUGUUUCAUGACU